GGCACGCUCAAGGAGCAGGACCUAGCCCUGCGAACAUCGACGACACUUUAUAUAGGGAACUUAUCAUUUUAUACUAGUGAAGAUCAGUUGUAUGAAUUGUUCAGUCGCGCUGGUGAGGUCAAACGCAUAAUAGUUGGUCUCGAUCGUUUCAAGAAAUCUCCAUGCGGUUUCUGUUUUGUAAUUUAUUAUACUCGAGCAGACACGGAAAACGCUGUGAAGUUUUUAAAUCGCACUAUGCUAGAUGGUAGACUAAUUCGGGUUGAUUACGAUGCAGGUUUCGUUGAAGGGCGUCAGUAUGGACGAGGAAGACACGGAGGGCAGGUGCGAGAUGAAUAUCGUGAGCAGUAUGACCCUGACAGAGGUGGAUACGGUAAAAUAUGGCAAGAUAGGGAGAAGAAAUAUUAA